UCAGUAUCCCGAGGAGCUUCAGAGGCUGCGAGAGAAACGCUCAGUGCACAGGAGAACUGAAGAGACAAAGAGCAGCCUCACACACUCACCCUGAGGGUCUGAAGGACACGACCUGGCCGUCCCUGCAACCAUUUGGGCUAUUUUAUUUCAUUCUCUUGCAACGAGCUCGAUAACACAGGAACAACAGAGCUUUUGGUUUGCGACCAAAACAUAGUGUAAAUCUCUCUGUCCGAGGCGCGUCCGGAUGAAUUCAUAACCAUCAGUUUGGUUUCACCACACACAGGCUCUGAGCAGUAUAAUCUGAUUAAGUUGAAUAUGUUCUACUGGUGAACAUACAGAGGUGGAGAAUAUUCAGCCAGAUGUUGAAACGCAUCUAGACUAGUUUUUGUAUCCAUUAAUUGUUGCGCAAAUCGCUGGACAGACGAAUGCGCUAAUCUGUGAUCGGACUGUUCAUUUCAGACUGACGAAAAUCAUCCACAACUCUGAGCUUCGGUUUGUGAAACUCAAAUGAACAGAUGAGUGAAGACAGACUGAGUGUUUCAGGACCCGAGCCGCUGGACAGCGCCUGUGGAGAGUUUCCUGCUUUCAUCCCCGACGAGGGAACAUGUAUCUUUACACCUUUUCCGUAAACAAACAAACGAUUACUUCCCUUUAAAUCACGCUUUAUAGUCUGAGAUGACACGCAGCUAAUGAGAAGAGAGGAGAAAUCACUGUAUGGUGAAAUAUAGGAUAAAAUGUCUGCACUUCGUAAGAAAUUUGGAAGCGACUAUCAGGUAGUGACCACCACAUCCUCCAGCCAUCAGAAGGAGAAGAAGAGGAAACGGCAGCGAUUCGUGGACAAGAAUGGACGAUGUAACGUCCAGCAUGGAAACCUGGGUGGAGAGACCAGCAGAUAUCUCUCAGACCUAUUCACAACUUUAGUAGACCUCAAAUGGCGAUGGAACCUCUUCAUCUUCAUCCUCACAUACACAGUGGCCUGGUUAUUCAUGGCUUCAAUGUGGUGGGUCAUUGCAUACAUCAGAGGGGACCUGUACCGAGCUCACGAUGAAAAGUACACGCCAUGCGUGGCCAACGUCUAUAACUUUCCCUCUGCUUUCCUCUUCUUCAUUGAGACAGAGGCCACUAUAGGAUAUGGCCACAGAUACAUCACAGAUAAAUGUCCAGAAGGAAUCAUUCUCUUCUUAUUUCAGUCUAUCCUGGGCUCCAUAGUGGAUGCAUUUUUAAUAGGCUGUAUGUUUAUUAAGAUGUCUCAACCCAAGAAGAGAGCAGAGACUCUGAUGUUUAGUGAAAACGCAGUCAUCUCCAUGCGUGACGGCAAACUCACGCUGAUGUUCAGGGUGGGAAAUCUGCGCAACAGUCACAUGGUUUCAGCACAGAUCCGGUGCAAAUUACUCAAGUCCCGACAGACACCUGAGGGUGAGUUCCUCCCUUUGGAUCAGCUGGAGCUGGAUGUGGGCUUUAGCACUGGAGCGGACCAACUCUUUCUCGUGUCACCACUCACAAUCUGUCAUGUGAUCGACACCAAAAGCCCCUUCUAUGAGCUCUCGCAGCGAUCCAUGCAGACGGAACAGUUUGAAAUAGUUGUGAUUUUGGAGGGUAUUGUUGAAACGACUGGCAUGACUUGUCAAGCGCGGACGUCGUACACAGAGGACGAGGUGCUCUGGGGCCACAGAUUCUUCCCAGUUAUCUCUCUGGAGGAGGGUUUCUUUAAAGUCGAUUAUUCUCAGUUCCACGCUACAUUUGAGGUUCACACACCUCCCUACAGCGCAAAGGAGCAGGAUGAGGCAUUACUCAUGUCCUCUCCACUCAUGGCUCCAUCUUUGUGCAACAGUAGAGAGAAGAACAGCUCCCUGGACUGUCUGGAGCUGCUGGAAGAUCCAGAGAGCACCACUAAAUUACCAGCCAAGUUACAGAAAAUGACAGGUAGAGAUGGGCUGCCCAGGAAGCUCCUGAGAAUGAGUUCCACCACAUCAGAGAUGACAUACAGCCUUGGCGAAAUGCCCAUGAAGCUUCAACGUAUCAGUUCUGUGCCUGGGGUCUCAGAGGAAAAGCAGGUUACCAAGGCGACUAAGAUUGCCACAGAGGCCAUCAGCAAAUCAGUUGCGGACUUGCCGCCGAAACUGCAGAGAAUGGCUGGGGGAGGAGGUCGCAUGGACGGACACCUGCCACCCAAACUCCGAAAGAUGAAUUCUGAUCGUUUCACAUAGAAGAACUUUCUUCUUCAGCAACUUACAAAAGGGCCCUCUUAUAAUUCAAGAUAUUUAGCGUGCAUAUAUAGACAGAUAAACCGUAUAUGCAGUACUAAUAUAGGUUAAUGUAAUUCAGAACAUCUGUUCCUGUGGUGGGUUCAUAUUCAGUGAACAGGCUCUUUCAGGUUGUUGUUACUAUAAGCACAAUCUGGUAUGGAUGACACCACUCAAGUGCAUGUUAAAAUGUUUCUCUCCCUCUGAUGGCAUGACAAGCUGUACAUAUUUAUUUGCCAAGGAAAUGUUAGCAAAUAUUAUUUUCUGAAGCCAUAUGGUGAUAUAGCGGACAAUUCCUCCUACGUGGCUAAUUAGCAAUUGUUCAUGUCACACAGUUAAGUUGUUUACCAUAAUACCUCUAUACUGAGCUUAUGUUACAAUGCAUGUGCAUAUAUAUAUAUAUAUAUAUAUAUAUAUAUAUAUAUAUAUAUAUAUAUAUACAAUUAGAUAAGUAAUUAUUUAGAAUAGUACAUCUAUUACUGAGAACUGUCAAUUGUGGAAAGCUUUUUAUGGCUUUUAUAUUUACUGAUAAUAUCAUAAAAGGAAAAAAUAAAUAAAAAUAGGGAAAUCAAUUGGAUCAAUUGGUAAAAGCUGGUAUCUGUCACCUCCUUCAAAAUAGUUCACCCCAAAAUGCUUUUGUUUCUCUCCCUCAGGCUAUUUGAAAGCCAUCUUGCUUUCUUUUGAGAAACAGAAGUAGAUGCUUUACGGAAAGUCCAUGCUGCCACUUUUAAUAGAAUUGAUACAGACAGUGACCAGGGGCUGUCAAAGUUAAAAUUAGAAGAAAAGAAAAGUUACAUUAAAAAAUGGUCCAAAAGAAUUGAUGCUAAGCUGAUGAUUUUCUCCUUCACAUUAAUGGGUUUGAAAUAAUAUGAGGACAGAAAUUCCAUUUUUGGAUGAACUAUUCCUUUUACUGUAACAGAGCAAUAACUGAAUGGCUGAUAAGUAUCAAAAUUAGAGCAACCAUUUAGCAAAAUUACCUGGAAUUUCAACACAUAUUUGUCAAUAUUUCUUGUUUAAACUUGGGACAUCUAAUACACAUUUCACUACAGGUGAAGUGUGUAAUUUUUUGUUGUUAAAGUACUGUCUCCUACCCCAGUUUAAGCCAUUCUUAGGUGAUUUAUCCAAAAAAGUGUAAACACUGUGGUUCUGUGGUAUGGGGUGCCAGUUGUAACCUGACUAACCAUUAUGUUUCUUGCACACAACAAUGAAUGUACUUUUCAUUUCAUCAAUAACAAAAAAAAAAAAAAAAAAGGUGCACAAAAUGCGUUUCAUUUACAGAACACUCAGCGGAGGAUAUUUUGUGAAUAAAUUGUACCUCUUUAUUUGGUGACACCUUAACUAUUGGACAUUUCAAUAUCAUUUACAGCAAAUAGGUUUUAAAGCAUAUUUCUUGAUAGUCUUUGAUGUGCUUUCAGGACAUUAGGGCUCAAUAUAAUCCCCACUAUCCACAUUAUUAAAUUAUUUCCUCAUUAUAAGUUGGGUGAAGAAUCAAGGAAUGACAUGGACUGAUUCUGCCUCUUCAACUUUUAAUAACCCUGGACUUAAGUGCACCUUCUGCCUUUAUUGAAAAGGAUUUAAAGGAAAUUUAAUCCCCCCUCACCCCCACCCCCACCGUUCUUUCAGAUUCUAGAUGUAAAAUUUGGCGUCUGUGCAAUCAGUGAAGUAGAACCGAGCAUUAGAAGUCUUGAUUGGCUGAUCCUUUAAAGUGUUGAGGUGGUGUCUAAAUCCUGUUAAUGCACCCUCACUGAGUACCUCUCUCCCAAGAGAUUUUUUUUUGCCUGAAUUGCCAUUGAGAUCCCUACACAUUUGUCCAUUAGCCACAGCAUCUUAAAAAAAAAGUGUGUAAUUUGAGUGUUGUACACCUGCACCCUUAAAGAUAAUCACUGCUGUAUAAUAGAUGCUAGGUGGAUUGAGAUCCAUUCCAGCCAUAAGCUGUAGCACUAAACAGAGGCACUCUGUCAGACCACUCUGAUAUCACUUUUAUAUCACUCUGACUCUCCAUUGCAGGUCUGUGGUCAUUAUCAAUGUAGAAAAGAAUGAGAAUUGAGGCUGGAACCAAUACCUAAUUAAAUGCUGUCUAUAAAACCAGUCAAUUAGUCAUUAAUUAACUGUCUGUUAAUUAGUUAUAUUGAUUUCAGAGCUGGAUCAUUCUCAGAAAACACUGCAAUUAGUGCCUGGUAAUUUCAGCAGGGUGGUCUUUAUAUGUUAUCGGAAUUAUAAUAAAUAUGAGUUGAAGACUUGGAAAUUGCACAUAAAAUUCCCCUUAUCAUAAUACUGUACAAAUCUGAUAUUAGCGGUUGGAUAAUCAGUAACGGAUAAGAGAAAAGUUCCAGUAGUGAAUGGUAAGUUCAUUCAUAUUUUGAAAUGUCUUGAAAUAUUCUUGUGCUUUGUGGCAAGAACAAAAAACUAUUAAGGUUAAAAUAAGUGAAAUACUGAUAGAAAUUUACCUUUGCUUGAAUUACACAGUUAAAAAAUAUAUAUAGUUUUUUAAGGGGAAAAAGGAAGCUAAGUAAACUGUGAAAUUACUUUUGAAAAGCAAAUUUAAAGUAAAUACAUUUUUAUCAUAUACAGUAGGUAAUAUUUAGAACAUUUGAAAAUGCAUGCAAUGGUAAAUAUAUCAAAUAGUAUGAAUAAGUUCAUUAUCCUCUUAAUUAUAAAACAAAUGACACAGUUUCCUAACAAUGAGUCAGCAGCAUUGUUGUCAACCAUGUUUGGAAUGAUCUAUUUAAGCAAUAUCACACAAAAUACAGAAAAAAAAAAAGAAAAAAAAAAUGUUACAGGCAAUGUUGCAUGACUCCUCUACCCAAUCCACUUUUAUUUUGUAAGGAUCACCACCCGUCAGCCCAGCGAUGGAAUCCAAUGGCCUGGGUUAAGGUAUAAUGCGUGUAUGUCUUUUCAGCGCUCCUGUGAAGUUCACUUAAUUUUUAGAAUUAGAUCAAUUUUACUUUAGCUGUGCGCUUAAUCUGACUUCAAUUUCAAAUGAUUAUUACUUUUGGAUUGUGUUUCUACUUAGGAAUUAAUCAAAACUAUUGGUUAUGUAUUAAUUUAGAUAUUUGAUUACUCUGGGUAUCCCAUAUUUUUCAAUUAUUUGUUCAUUAGGGAACCAAUGUUGCAUAGAGAACUUGCGCCGACCGGUCGUAGUCUCACAGACACAAACUCGUCAGUUCUGAUCUUAGACAGAGGAUGCAGGGUGAAUAUUUACCUUUAAGUCGGCCGUGCUCUGCUUGCUCACAACAGAAAGCGUAAUUUUUGUAUAGUCACGAAAACUGCAACUUACAGUUUUUGUAAGUUGCAAAAGUCAGUUUAACAAAAGUCAGUGAUAGUCAGAAAUCGGAAGGUAUCAAAUGAUGUGCCCCAUGCUCCAUUCAUUGAGCCUUCCGUAUGAUCAAUCCUGACCACAGAUUUGUGGUAACACCAGACUCCACUUUAAUCUACUUGAAAUAAUGAUUUAAGAAUAAUACAAUGAAUCAAAAAGAACAUUUUAUUUGUCAGGUGAAAAUGUAUUAUGCUUAUUACACAAUUAGACAAACAGAAGCCAAUUCAGAAAUAAUAGAUACAUAACAUCAAUUGCUCAAGGAUGACUCUAGAGUAAGAAAUGCAUACCUGACCGUGGAACACACAGUGGUGUGUGGGUGUUUUUAAGACACUCACCCAGCACUGCAUUGGGGUUUCUGGCUACAGAAUUUCCCAAAUGGCUGCUCUACCACCUUCCCUUAAAUACCCAGACCAGAACAAAAGGAUUGUAAAUAUUUACUACACCAACACCUGGUUUUAGAGGAGAGGAGAGGAGAGGGUUUAUUAGAUAACUUGAAGAGGUACCACCCCAAAAAAAAGAACAGAAUUCUCCUAAGUUUUUAAUCUUUCCCAUAAUGUCCUAUGCUAUUUCUUUGAGAUCUUCUUCUCUUUUAUUAUUGCAGAGACGUUGAGUGAUACAGUGAAACAACUCAAUGCUUUCUACACUUUUGGAAUGCCGCUUGGUCAAUAUGAUCAGAGAACUCAAACAAAAUGUAGUAUAAUAUCAUUCAUCAGAAACAUUUCUUAUAUAACAUUUCUUAAGAGACAUUCUAUAUUAUAUUAUAUUAUAUUAUGUCUGACAUUUCCUGUUGCAGUGAGAGUGUGAGGUAAAAGAGGUGAUUUUGCUUUACUACUAUGCUUAAGUGGAAUGAUAUGUACAAAUCCUCAAUACACACCAUGACUAUAUUGAGGUAAAUAUUUUAUGUAAAUUCUUAGGAAAUGCUAGCAUAUGCUCAUAGCCAUAAUUAGUUAGUUUUUAUGCUAGAUUUGGGUGUUAGUUGAGGAAGAGAGUGUGUGGGGAUAGCUGCACAAUUUACUGUGGAUAUUGUAGAGUGAUGAACUGUAACCAAAAUAAACACAAUAAAAUGG